GGUGGCUGUGUUUUCUAUCAUGUCUUCCUCGCCGUCUGCAGCAGCGACCGCACAUUCUUUCAAUAAAAUCCUAAACCAGCCAAAAACUACCAAGUCAAAGCGAUCCCCAGAUGUUGAAGACGGUGUCAAGAAGCUGCGACGGAUGAUUUUGGUCGAGGGUAUCCCAUCUGCUGCCGAUCCUACACUACGCCCUCGGAUAUGGAAAAUUCUCCUUCGUGUUGAUAGCUUGUCUGCAGAAACGUUUCUACAAUAUGUUUCACGAGGCCCAUGUGAGGUCCGAGAAAAAAUAAGAAAUGACACGUUCAGAACUUUAGCUACUGAUCGUGGGUUCAAAGAACGAGUUCGUGAAGACAUGCUCGUUCGUCUCCUCGAUGCGUUUGUGUGGCGGAAUCAUGAUCGUCAAGAGACUCAUCAACUUGGAUUCACAUAUGUUCAGGGCAUGAACGUUCUUGCCGCACCUUUCCUGUAUACCAUGCCCUCGGAACUCGAGGCAUUUUUUUGUUUUGCGAAGUUCAUCGAAGAAUCAUGUCCACUAUACGUUCAGCCUACUUUAGAAGGUGUACACCGAGGGCUCAAGCUCUUAGAUCGAUGCCUGAAGAUCGUAGAUCCUGAGCUUUUCGCGCACCUGAGAUCAAAGAAUCUAUCGGCAGAAAUUUAUGCUUUCCCAUCCGUGCUGACGUUGUGCGCGUGCACCCCACCCCUUGAUCAAGUCCUCCAGCUAUGGGACUUCCUCCUUGCGUUUGGCGUACAUUUGAAUGUUUUAUGUGUGAUUGCACAGCUUUUGCUUAUGAGAGAUGAAGUUAUGAAUUCCUUGAGUCCGAUGCGCAUUCUCCGCACUUUCCCUCCCCUCGAGGCUCUUCCUGUCAUUGGAAUAGCUGUGACUCUUGUUCGUGACCUCCCAGCUGAUCUGUACGAUGAACUUGUCCGCCACCCUUUUGAAAUACAAAAUCUAUAGCCCACGCUACAUCAGCCUGCCUUUCAUGCGACACUCCUUGGUUCCUUAACGCUAUGACCAAAUUUCGCCACGCGAGUAACAUUCUCUCCAUCGUUAUGUUUUGAAUCCCGUGUAGCAUAUCUGUAUCACAGUUGGGAUGUUGUAAAGAACAUCUACUAUCCAUCUUUCGUUUUCCUGCUGUAGUGAGAUGACAGAGCAUCAUGGUGGAAAUGGCUCUUUGGAGUGUAUAUGCUAGUCAUACCG